AUGCAGUCUUUCGAUUCAUCGUUGGUAGACCAUGCUUCAGAUGUGGAACACUCGAACGCUUUCAAAAUACUAAACACAUUAGUAGAUGAGGGUCUCAUUACAGAGGAGCGUGCGGAUUAUCUAAAGGAAAAGUUUAAGGAGCUGCACAGUCACGUGCUGUCCAUCUACAGACGCGACAACAUUCUCUUAAAACGAGCCCGCCAGCUCCGUGGUGAGCUAGAUCGCGAGCGGGAACGAGUUCGGUCCCACGGUGACAUUGCCCGGAAAGAUGAUGAAGAAAUCCACCACCUGAGGCAGACCCUUAUGGGAAUCGAAAAGGAGCUCGCAGAGGCUCAGGAACGGGAGAGUGUGCUGCAGGUAGAGGCGCUUGAGUUUGAUCGCCGUAAGCAGAGUCUUAUCCUAGAACGCGAGGACGCCCAAGCUGCAGAGGUGGCUCGUCUACGUCCCAAACUGGAGAGGAUCCAAACUGAAAUUAAAGAAAUGGGGAUUCAAAUUAAAGAGUUAGUGUCCCAGUAUGAUUCCCUUAAGCUUGAAAAGAUCCAGCUUGAAGAGCAGGAGGCUGCCAGCAAGGCUGGGUCCGGCAACUUUAGUGCUUCCCUUGCUCAAGCCAAACAGCAUCUCGCCAAUAUGGAGCACGAGCCUGAGCGAGCACAAAAACAGCUUGAUCUUGUUUGCCGCUCACUUCAGGGCGCUCGAAAGGAGUUAGAACUGGUAGACGAAAAGAUUGCCGCCCAGCUGGACACACUCAACAAGUUAGAACUGCAGCUCAGCAACAAGGAUAACGAUCGUGUUGCAGCUAUAGCAAGCAUACAGAAGAUCCGAAGCGAAAUGGAUCCAAAGCAGAGUACCUUGUCGACGCUUAACGCAUCCUUAGGAAUGGAACAGGAGCUGCGUCAGGGCUAUCAGGAAAGACUGGUUGAGUUGGGUGAUCUCAUCAAGUCAACCAAGGCAUCUGAAAAAGAGGAGCAUAAUGGUAUAGAGCAGCUUCGAAGAGAAAAGGAGCGCUGUAUGAAUGAAUAUAAAGCCAUUCAGUGUGAACAAGACAACCUUCUUUAUGCACAACGAUCACUUAAAGAGCAGAGGGCGCAAAUAUCAACCGAAAUGAGGGCUCUCGAGGCUGUCUUGAAGGAUUUAUCCCAAAAAAUACAAGACUUGACGAAUACCCUGGAGUUGCGCACCAAGCGUUUUCUAAUAGAACAGGCGAAAGAGGAGGAUUUUACAAAGGAGGCUCAGGAUAUGAUUGAAAACUUGUCGGACAUCAAGGAAAGUAUCGCUGAACGCCUCCGCCAGGAGGAGCUAAAACGUAGGGAGAUUACGUCCACCAUUAUUCAGCGCCAGGAGAAGAGCCAAGAUUGCACUCGUGAGUAUAACCGGAUGAUACUUGUGAAAAGUGAGUUGCAAACUAAGGAAUCAUACGUCAGAGACCUGCAACAGCGUCGCAGCACGCUGGAGAAACGCUUGAGCGCCCUUACCGGGGUAUUCCAAAAGCUGCGGCAUGAACGUAGCCACAAAAUGAUGCUCAUUGAGCGCUUCAAGCAGAAUAUAUCAGAAGUGGCAGAGAAAAUGAAGAUCAUUGAAAAGGAGCUAGUCGUGCUUAAGCGUGAGGACUACCUAAAGGAGAAGUCACUGAUUCAGAAGCAGCAGCAAUGUUCGGACCUGCACCAAGCAUGUAUGAAUUUGGGCCUCGAAAAAAAUAACCAACGAAAGCAGAUGGAGCUUGCCGCAGACGUAGCGAUGGAUGUGUGUAGGCAGGUGAAAGCCUUGAACAUGGAGGUAGUUUCCGUAGAAAAGACGAUGAUACAGCUGAGAGACGAUUAUACCACCGCUAUUGAGGCGCGAAACCAAACUGGUGUUCAUCUCAUCGACUUAAACACCGAGGUGGCGCUUCUGACGGAGACCGUGGCGGCGCAAGAAGCAGCGCUCCAGCAGGGCAUGUCCAUGAUUAACGCCCGCUCUGAGGAGGAGCGGCGCCUGAAGUUGCAACUUUCGGACUUAAACCGUGAGAUCGAGCUCUGUCAGCGAUCGGUUCCAAAGGCGAAACAAUUGGAGGACGAACUCGCCAAACUGACUGAGGACAUCGAAGAUGAGCACUGGAGGGCGGAGAUUCUCGAAAAUGAUUUAACUGAUCCUAAUAAUCCCUACCGUUGGCGUAAGAUAGAGAGAGUGGUUACUAAUGGUUCAUCAAAACAUGGUCAGAAGCACUUGACUACUUCGGCUGUGGCUGACACGAGCGGCAAGCAGCGUGCGUCUGAAGACGUUAGUGGCCGUAUUUCUACCUCAGCGGGGGUGAGCACUAAUAAGGAAGCAGCCACUACUAUUGAGUGUGGGGGUAUUUCUGAGGAGUACAUGAACCUCCAGGUCCGCGCACAGGCUCUUGAGAAUGAUUUGAACGCAAUCAACGAAAAGUUGCGCGAGAAGGAGCUUAUUCUGGCUGAGGUUCGCGAUUUAUCCGAGCGCAUUGGAGCUCAGGCACAGGGAGGCAAGAAGGUUACAAUUGCGCUGGCGAAGCAGGUAAAUCAGUACCAAUACGGGAUUCGCAAUCGUAGCCGGCAGAUGAUGGCUACCGUUUCAGAGCUUUCCCUUUUCCAGGCUUCAAGCAUUCAGCUUCAGCAGGAGGUAGCUCGGUUGGAGCAGAUUGUCGAGGAGGCUAAGUGUCGCCUGGAGGCGGGCGAGGCCCCUUUCGAGGAAGCUGAGCAGGAGUUUAAACGCAAGCAAAUAGAGCGACAGUACUAUGCUGCCUUUCAGCAACGCCAGCAGGCGGCUAAGGAGGCGGCUUUGGGCGAUCAGAACAACCCAAACGUCGUCCUCACGACUGCCGAACUUCGUCCGAAUGCCUAUAUCCCUAACGACAACGGGCUGCCAAUCCCAAGGCCAUUCGGCGUGCACGCCCCUUUCAAGCCUAUUUUUCCCACCUUAACCUCGGCCCCCCCUCUCUCCGGUGGUUCUGGCGGCCCGGUUGCCCUGACACCCUCCCGAGAUGCGGCCGAGGCCUCAAAGGGGAGAGAAAGAACCAUACCCAGUCUGCCCCUUCCUCCACGCCUAAGAGAGAGCCUACCGCUCGGGACGGAACACACCAGCCCGGCAUUGACCCUGUCGAAGCAACACCCCACUUCACAUGAGUAUAGUUUCUCGGAAAAAGACGCCUUUUCCACACUUCAAUCUUUAGAUGCCGCGGGAAAGAGUCUCCCAGUAACUAGGAGUGAUUCCAAGCAGCGUCAGAACCUCCAAGCGGCGCAUUCAAAUGAGAAAUUCUUCUCGAUGUCUCAUUAG